CACUGGCUGGCAAGGAGUGGGCAGAAGGAAAAGCAGGCAGUAUAGCAAAAUCAGCAUGGUCAGAGAAGGGAGACACUCCAGUCUGGCAAGUACCCGAAACCCAGCUCCCAGAGGAAAUGCAGGGGAGCAGCUGGGGUCAGGAGGGAGCAUUUAUUGAGUACUAGCUGUGUACCCCAGGCAGCCCUGACCAUUAGCUCCUCUGCCCAGCACUGCAUGAUGGCAGGUUCCUGCUCCACCCCAUGCUUGGGAUGAGCCUUGUCACGUGGGGCAGCAGUGAGUCUCAGAGACCUCUGGGGCCAGAGGUCCCUGGGCCCUCGCUGAGUGGUCAGGUAUUUUCUCUCCCCUCCCUAAAGGAGAAGGCUGCCUACUAGAGGUCAGGGAGCCUGUGUGCCUUUUGCAGAAAGAUAAGCUUCACAUGUAGGACAUGAUGCUGGAUUGCAGUGAGCAUGUUCUGCCUCAAAAUCAGUCCAGCUUGGUGAGAAGAAAAGGAAUUAACUAUCCUCAGAUCCACCCUGACAGGACACACACUGCCCAGGGAGGCAGUGUGUAAGCAGUCAGGACCCCCCUCUGCUUUGCUCAGCUGCAGGGGAAAUGCUGAAGUUGCCUCCUAAAUAUUGAGGUUCCAGAUCAGGUUGGACCUCCAGGCAAGGAACUCCCCAGCAGAGGGCUGGCAAGGAGCGGGGAUACUCAUUGCAUCUGAAACUUGGCCUGAGUAUAAAAGGGGCAUUGAAAAAAACACUGUUAAUUGGUCUGUCUCUUGGCAACCAGACAUUUCCAUCACACUGUUAGCUUAAAAAGAACCAGAAUUAGGUAGCCCAGAGAAGGGAGUCCCAAUCUGGCAAGUCCCUGAAACCCAGCUCCAGGAAAAAGUGCAGCAGAGCACCUCGGGUCAGGAGGGAGCAUUUAUUGAACGCCAGCUGUGUGCCCUGCCACACGCACUGUUUGAUUUAAUGGCCACAGGAGGGGAGUGUCUAGGCUGUCCGCCUGGCUUAGAGCUGAGGAGCCCAGAAGAGGUGGGGUUGUGUGAUGGCCCCCGCCAAGAGGAGUCUGAGGCCCCGCGGCAGGGGGCAGGGUACCCAGAGCCUCCUGCCUCCAGAGGCUGACCCGGAUCCCCAGCACAGCAGCUAGGUCGAAGGUCUAGGGAGGCGGGAUGGAGGUGCCAGGGCGGACCGAGAGCCACACCCAGUUCUCAGCCGGGCUGAGGCUGACGGGGGUGGCGCGGUGGCUGGUCAGGGCGCCAGAGAAGGGCCCACGGGAGCGCCGUGCCCGGCGCCCGCCCCGCUGGCGGUUCUUCCUGGGCGGGAUCCUCGCUCCUCCCCGCGGCGGCCGCGCUGGCCUGCCCUCCCCGCCGCCUCCGCCAUGUCCACGCCGCUGCUGGAGGACAAGCUGACCUGCGCCAUCUGCCUGGGGCUCUACCAGGACCCGGCCACGCUGCCCUGCGGCCACAACUUCUGCGUGGCCUGCAUCCAGGACUGGUGGGGCCGCUGCGGGAAGGCGUGCCCCGAGUGCCGCCAGCCCUUCCCGGACGACGCCGAGCUGCGCCGCAACGUGGCCCUCAGCGGCGUGCUGGAGGUGGUGCGCGCCCGGCCCGCCGUGGACCCCCGCCCCUGCGCCGGCCCGGACCCCGGCGCGCGCUGCCCCCGCCACGGGCUGCCGCUCGAGCUCUUCUGCCGGACCGAGGGCCGCUGCGUGUGCAGCGCCUGCACCGUGCACGAGUGUCGCCUCCACGAGCGGGCGCUGCUGGACGCCGAGCGCCUUGAGCGCGAGGCCCAGCUGAGAGCCAGGCUGGAAGUGACCCACCGGCAGGCCACCCAGGCCGAGACCCAGCUGCAGGAGCUGCAGCAGCGAAGCAGCCAGAUCCAGAGCUUGGCCUGCACCCUGGCCUCCUCGGUCUCUGGCAAGUUCAGCAGCCUGCAGCAGGCCCUGGAGAUGCGGCGGGCCGUGGUGCUGAGGGACAUCGAGGUGGCCAAGACACAGGUGCUGGCACAGGCCCGGGAUGAGGAGCAGCGGCUGCAAGGCCACUUGGAGGCCCUGACUAGCCAUGGCCACAGGAUUCAGGAGCUCCUGGAACAGGUGGAUGACACGACCUUCCUGCAGGAAUCACAGCUCCUUGAGCCCCCAGGGCCUCUUGGGCCACUGACCCCUCUGCAGUGGGACGAAGAUCAACAGCUGGGUGACCUGAAGGAGUUGCUAAGCCAGCUGUGUGGCCUCCUCCUGGAAGAGAGGGGCCGCCCUGGGGCACCAGAAAAGGCUGCAGACUUGGGCCCCUUGGAGGCCCCAGGGCCCCUGGCACCGGUCCCGAGUGCAGUAUGUCCACUGAGGAGGAAACUCUGGCAGAAUUAUCGCAAUCUCACCUUUGACCCAGUCAGCGCCAACCGCCACUUCCACCUGUCCCGCCAGGACCAGCGGGUGAAGCACUGUCGCCAGCCCUGCGGCCCAGCCAGGCCAGGCAGCUUCGAGCUCUGGCAGGUGCAGUGUGCCCAGAGCUUCCGGGCCGGGCAGCACUACUGGGAGGUGCGCACCUCGGACCACUCGGUGACGCUGGGUGUCGCCUACCCGCAGCUGGCGCGGUGCAAGCAGGGGCCCCAUACGGACAACAUCGGCCGCGGGCCCUGCUCCUGGGGGCUCUGCAUCCAGGAGGACAGCGUCCAGGCCUGGCACAACGGGGAGGCCCAGCGCCUCCCAGGGGUGUCGGGGCGGCUCCUGGGUGUGGAUUUGGACCUGGCCUUGGGCUGCCUUACCUUCUACAGCCUGGAGCCCCAGGCCCAGCCCCUGCACACCUUCCACGCCCUCUUCACCCAGCCCCUCACCCCCGUCUUCUGGCUCCUCGAGGGUAGGACCCUCACCCUGUGCCAUCAGCCCGGGGCCACGCUUCCUCCAGAGCCCCAGGAGGAGGCCUCAGCGCCCAGCUGAGGGAGGCACGGGCUGGAAGUGUCGCUCACGGGCAGGUGCCACCAUGCCUGUGUGCCCAAGAGCUGUCCAGCCCCGGCCUGGGGACCCAAGGCCACAGCUCCAACAGCUGUUGGCCUCUCUGUUGACUGAGAGAGAGAGAGGCGGUGGGGAUGCCCCCAAACUGGAGUUGAGCAUAAACCCAGAGUUCACCUUCCCAGCCUCUUUGAGGGGACAGGGACUAGGAGAAUGGGAAGCCCCACCCCAGUGCUCAGUUCCAGGUGUGGCCUGGGCCUUGGAAGCUGGAGCAGUGCACAGGGGACUUCUGGCUUAUAGGAUCGAGUAUGCGACAAUAAACACGUAUCAGCCUGAGCUUGCCUCCCAGAGAGACGACAUGGACCAAAGGAGCAGUCAGUGUGGGGGUGCAGCAGAAGGACCCCUAGAGACAUGGGAUGUGAAGUAGAUGUCUAUCUCCUCCCCGCCUUCCUCUCUUUACUUAUAACCUUCUGGUAUACUUUAGUUCUGGUUUGUCCUCUUUUAUUUUAGGCAUCCUUGUGGUCAUAUUCUAUAAACAGUUUUGUUUUCUACAUUUAAAAAAAAAAUUUUUUUUUUUUUUUUUGAGACAGAAUCUUGCUCUGUUGC